UCUCCCUCGUCCUCCUCUCCGUGUUGUUGUUCUCGGUGACGCGACGGAGGUGUAGCCUGACGCGGUCUCUUACGUGUCGGUCUGAAUAAAAGUGGAGCUCCGUAGACCCGGGAGUGACGAAGCGAGUCUGUGUUGGUAAGAGGAUACGCAUCCGAUGUUUGCUAAACAGAUAGAUGGCUGCCCAGAGAAGUUAUUUUCGCCUAAUAUCCGCUCAAUGCCAACAAAGAGAUCAUGGCGGCGGUGUUGCAGAGGCUCUCAAAAUGAGUCAGUCUCUCUCUGCAAGGCUCGCAGCACAACUGAGACAUAGAUUUUAAAUGACAAUGGAGGCUGGUUCAGACACACAGCAAAGUGGUGACACAGUUGUCUCGGAGUCUGAGACCCAGCAUAUCACUCUGGCCCAGAUAGGGAAUGACUCAGGGUUGUCAUGGUUGCAGGCUUCUAUAGCAGCUGGCCAGGUGACAACCAGUGGUCCUACAGUGACUCUAGUGCAGUUACCGAACGGUCAGACAGUGCAAGUGCACGGGGUGAUCCAAGCUGCUCAGCCCUCAGUCAUCCAGUCUCCACAAGUCCAGACAGUACAGAUCUCAACUGUUGCUGAGAGUGAGGACUCUCAGGAAUCUGUUGACAGCGUGACAGAUUGUCAGAAGAGGAGAGAGAUCUUGUCCAGAAGACCUUCUUAUAGGAAGAUUUUGAACGAUUUAUCGUCGGACCCUCCCGCAGUGGCUCGAAUCGAAGAAGAGAAGUCAGAGGACGACUCAGUCCCUGCCAUCACCACGGUUACAAUGCCCACUCCCAUCUAUCAAACCAGCAAUGGCCAGUACAUUGCCAUUACCCAGGGUGGGGCCAUCCAGCUGGCCAAUAACGGCACAGAUGGCCUGCAGACGCUGACCAUGUCCAACACGGCCCAGUCGGGGGCCACCAUCUUGCAAUACGCCCAGACCAGCGACGGGCAGCAGAUCCUGGUGCCUAGCAACCAAGUGGUUGUACAAGCUGCCUCUGGGGACGUCCAGGCCUAUCAGAUCCGCACAGCCCCCACCAGCGCCAUCUCAUCGGGGGUUGUCAUGGCGACCUCGCCUGUAAUGGGUACAGGAGGAGGCGGCACUGAGGAAGUCACGCGAAAAAGGGAGGUCCGACUAAUGAAAAACAGGGAGGCAGCCCGCGAGUGCCGCAGGAAGAAGAAGGAGUACGUCAAGUGUCUGGAGAACCGUGUGGCCGUGCUGGAGAACCAGAACAAAACCCUCAUAGAGGAACUGAAAGCCCUUAAAGACUUAUACUGCCACAAAUCGGAGUAGAAACAUCAGCAAGUGCCUGCCAGAGGGGGGGCGCGGGGCAAAAGCAAGCGUCUGUCCCCAUGUACAGAGACUCGGCACGGGAGCCAUGCAUCUCGGUGCCACGCCCCCUUUUUCUGCUCUUGUGCUUUCUUUUUAAAAACUGCAGUAAAUUGACUCGCCGGGAUUAGAAAACACACAUGAAAAGUCGGAGGAAUGUUCAGAAAGGCAACAGGGUCCUUGAAUGAACAAUGAGGAUGUUCCUUUCUUAUUGUUUGCGAUGUCACCAAAGGGAAGCAUUCCAGUCACCGGUGCCUGGAUACACACCAGCAACAGGGAGCGGCUGCACUACCAUCGCCAAGGACCUUUUCACAGGUGAAUCUCCCCAAGACUGUUUGGGAGAAGCGACGUUUGAAACCGAAACCGCUCUCUAUCACUCGCAUUAACGUCUGUUACUUACUAACGCUUUGAAAUGUAGACGGGCCAGGUCAUGGGACAUUUGAUAUUUUUUUAGCUGCGUUUUGUUUUAUGCAUCAGAUGAUCUGCUUGCAUAAUGCCAUUUUAUUUUUUAAAUGGACUUUGCCUUGAUACGGGAUGAACACAAAAUGUAACCAGUAUGUUUGGGUUGUAACGACACAUUGCAAAGUAGUCAAAAGCUCUCAUUUAAGGUUACAGAUUUCUUUCUGAUGCAUGUUCACAAACAUAUUACUGAAGGCUCAUUGUUUUUGAUUUCGGGACAGAUUAAUUAAAUCGAAAUGCAGCUCAUGCAAGUAUGUCAACCAACAAAUGGUUAAACUACAGUUUGUGAUAAAACUGUUUUCAAUAAUGUUUUUGUAUGAAGGAUUUUUUACAGACUAAUGACUUUAAAAAACGUGCCUGUUAAGAAUGGGCAUAUCAUCCGGGUUAUUUUUAGACCACUUAAUAGGGCUUUCCCCCCUAAUACACUAGUGUUCAUAACACUCAAUAUAUUCUGUAAUCCUAACCAAGUGUCGGAACAUCAUCGGAAAACACCGCUUUUUUAAAGUUUGAUUUCAUUCAUUCCUAGAUUCUUUUUUAGUGCAAAUCAAAAACAAUGAGCCUUACUUCUUUACAAAGAAAUAAAUACUUUGUCUCCAUAUUUCUUAAACUCAUUGCCCGUCACUGGAAUCAGAGAUUGCUUUAUAUGUUGGUUUAUUAUACUGUCUUUGAACAUGUAAUGUCACAUUGAGAAUUCUGUAUAAUUGAAAAGUCCUGGGGUUCAGGUUGGUGUGUAAUAAGAAUAUCUGGACCUGUCUAUGUACAGUAGCGGGUCCAGGUCUCUGAAGGAAUAAGCAAGAGGCUGUCUCCAAAUUCUGUUUACAGGAAGUGGGAUGCACACUUUCCUCGCUUAAGCAAUCCUACCACAUUUCACACCAGGAAAACACUGCUAAUCACAAAGUGUACAUGGGUGUUUUGCUGCUUAUGAAUGAUCAAGGCGUUAUCAUUCAUUUGAUUGGACGGUUUUAGUUAUGUGGAGCUUCCAAUCUCAUCAAAAACGUCUGGAUUGCACCUAUCAAGAAGAGGAUUAAGUGCGAGCAAUUUAAAAGGACUUCUUCACCGUGAAUAAAUGUCAUCACAAUGGAAUGCCAUGUUGUAUUAUGUAUAGUCAUGACAUAGUAUGCUUUUUUUUUAUGUUGCUUAUCAUUAAUUUUGUAUUCACACUUUCUAAAUGUCAGCACCAACUUGUAUAAAACAGUGCAUUAUGUUAGAGCUAUUCAAAUAUUGACAUUGUUGGCAGCUCUUAAUAAAUGUGUUUCUGGUAA